CAAAUAGAAAUUUAUCGUGUUCGUUAAAGGUUGUUGCUUCUUCGCGCAAGAAAAAAGAAUAAAGAAAUCAAAAAUUUAACCCAAAGCAAACGCAACAUUGAGCAACACUCGACAACAAAUGCAAUAGAAAAACACGCUGGAUUAAAGUGUUUAGUUUUGUUGAUCAAAGUCAAAUUCAAAUGCAAAUGCAACAACAGGGCCAAAAGUGCGUGUAAAGUGGAGUAACAAAAAUUUAAAUUAAAAAAAAAAUCAAAGUCAAACAAAACUCGCAGCGAAACCAAAACACCUCAAAGUUGAAUUUUGAAAGAAGUUAACUUCGAUUUAUUGAAACCUCGCAAGUAACCGGUAAAAGCCGUGUAAAAAGCCGCCAAAAUUCUACUCAAGGAGCGUAAAGCGAUCAUCUCAAAAAUGAAGUCCUUGACGGCCGUUUGCCAAACAGGUGCCUCGAUGCCGGCAAUGAAUCCUAAUGGCCGCAUCGCCCGCCAUCCACCGCAUCGCGGCGACGGCGAGAAUGCCGAAAUGAAGAUGUAUCUCUCGAAGCUGAAAGACCUGGUGCCGUUCAUGCCGAAGAACCGCAAACUCUCCAAACUGGAAAUCAUCCAGCACGUCAUCGACUACAUCUGCGAUCUGCAAACGGAGCUGGAAACCCAUCCAGAGAUCAAUAAUUUCGAUGCAGCUGCCGCUCUGAGUGGCGUCGCCGCAGCAGCAGCUGCCGGCGGCUCAGAAGAUGAGGAUGAGAGCGAUGAGAUGGAUCUCGACGCAGCCGAUGAUGUAUUGGCCCAGCGCCUGGCCGCCGAGCAGGAGCAGCUAGCCAAAAUCUCUAGUCCCGCUGCCGCCCGCCUGCCGCUCGCCGAUCGUCAGAGUCCCAACACAAUUCUGCCAACAGCCGCACCAACAGCAGCAGCAGCCGCUGCCCAACAGUUUAGCGACGCAAUUCAGCGGCGAAAAGGACAGCAGGCUAUCGUAAAGCAGCUGACAGCAGCAGAGGCCGCGGCAGCAGUAUCAACACCUACAACUAAUACUAAAUCUUUAAAGCUAUAGAAAUCAUAUUAAUUAAUGUUAGUCGCAGUGUAGUACAGUCAACUCCACUCAAAACUCAACUCCACUCAAAAACCAACUCGUGUGAAGAUCUCCACAAACAACAACAACAUACAAACAAUAACAUCAAUGAAAAUGAAUUAAUGAUAUCUACAAAUACAUAGACACUGCAGCCACACACCCUCAUCCCCACACAGACACAGGGCGUGUGGCUGUAAAAGCAUUUCACACCAAUACAUUGAAAGAGUUUAGCUAUAAAAACAAAACAAAACCUAAAUAGCAUUAAAAACAAAAUGUAAGCACUAAUACAUUAUUAUUAUUAACAUUUAACGUUUAACAUUUAACUAUUAGCAGCAGUUAAGAAUUAGAAGAUGCAGAUGUAGCAGAAGAAUGAAGAAGCAGAUAAGAAAAACUUGGCAAAGCUUUAAACAAUUUAAUUUUUCCUUUGAUAAAAUGAAAUGAAAAACUGAAUAAUUUUUGUUUUCUAUAUAUUUAGUUUUUGGUUUAAUUGAAAGAAAAAAUCAUGUUAAUAAUUUUACGAAUAAUAAGAUGCGAAGCAAAAAAA